UAGGAGGCGACGUAACGCGCAAGCUUCCUUUUUCUUUCGUUUUUGUGGAACUGCUUUAUCGCGUGGAAUGGCUGAUGAGAUUGCUACAGUAAAUAAAACCGAAAUGGAAGCAGAUGCCCCUAAAGAUGAUGCCCCGGCACCACAACCAGGAGGAAGAUACCGUUCGAGAUCUAGAUCUCCUACUCGUAGUAGUGAACAGAAUAAACCUAGGAGGGAAAAUGAUCGAGGCAAGGUUGACAGAAACCGCGACAGAGAUAGAAACCGUGGCCGUGACAGAGACCGUGAUCGUCGUGGGCGCAUGGGAGAUAGACGAGUGGGCAUGGGACAAGGUGGACGAGAGAGAGGUGCUGGACCUAGGGAAGCGAUACUUGAGAGAAGCGUGUUUGUAAGCAAUAUUCCAUAUGAACUGAAAUGGCAGGACUUAAAAGACACAAUGAGAAAGAAUGUUGGGGAAGUAACAUAUGUUGAAAUAUUCACUGACGAUGAUGGCAAAUCAAGGGGAUGUGCACUCGUGGAAUUUGCCGAUAGAACAGAUGUUGGCAAAGCCUGUGAUAAAAUGCACCGAUAUGAAAUUGAAGGAAGAAGUAUUGUUGUCAAAGAGGAUAGAGAUGGCCGUAUCAGCCGCAAGUACCGUCCACGUGUUCAGGAUGAAAAAGCCCAAAUGAUGUUAACGCCUCAAGUUCUCCAGCAAUUGAACCUUGACCCAGACUGUGUCAGCGAUACUGUGUUUGUAUCUAAUCUGCCAUAUCAGGUGACUUGGCGGAAGCUGAAGGACAUUUUCAAGAUGGCAGGUGAGGUGGUGCAUGCUGAUAUCCUGGAAGAUGAGAAGAGGGAGAGCAGAGGCCUGGCCACUGUUCAGUUUGAAUCCCCGCUUGGAGCUGUUCAGGCAAUCUCUAUGUUUAAUGGACAGUCACUCUAUGACAGGGUUAUGCGGGUCAGGAUGGAUAAAGUAAAGGCUCAGGAAGACAUGCGAGAGAGGAAUCGCAAGAUUUUACCAAGUGGUCUAGGAGGCUUAGGCCCAACAUUGGACAUGCUUGGACCCAGCAGUGGCGGAGGAGGAAUGGGAAUGGGGGGUAACGUUGGAGGUGGGAGAGGGAUGGGUGGAGGAGCCAUGGGUGGAGGAGCCAUGGGUGGCUUCAACUUAGGUGGUAUGGGAGGUAACAUGGGGAUGGGUGUUGGGGGAGGCCAAGGUAUGGGCGGUGGUGGUGGUGGAAUGGGAAUGGGCAGUGGUGGAGGCAGUGGGCUAGGCCUUGGCAGUGGAGGUCUUGGUCUUGGUGGAAACAGUGGCAUGGGAGGCCUAAGUGGAAAUCUUGGCUUAGGAAUCGGAGGUGGUCUGUCAGGCGGGAUGGGCAGCCUUGGUGGGAGCCUCGGCAACACUGGCCUAGGAAGUAUGAACAACAUGGGCCUAGGCGGUGGUGGUGGGGGUGGGGGAAAUUUUGGUAAUGGACUGAACAGUGGAAGUGGACUUGGGAGCAGCUUCGGAAGUGGAGGAGGAGGAGGAGGGGGAUAUGGAGGUAGUAGCAAUCUUGGGAGCUCGGCUAUGGGGGGUAUAGGAGGGGGUUCGAUUGGUCUGAGCAAUUCCGGAAUGGGCUAUAGCUCUAACAUGAACUCAGACCUUGGCAUGGGUUUGUCUGGUGGUAGGAGUGAUUUCCCCAGCAUUGGUGGGAAUAAUUCUUCUAUCCUAGGUGAGCCAAGAGGAAACCUGCGAGACAGUGGAAGACCAAUGUUUAGAGAAGGCAGUUGCCAAAUCCUUGUCAGGAAUUUACCAUUCUCUUAUGAUUGGAAGAAGUUAAAAGAUAGCUUUAGGCAUAUUGCUCCCGUUGUCUAUGCGGAGGUUCGCACAGAGAAUGGACGUUCAAAAGGGUACGGCCUUGUGAAAUUUGAAGUCCCAGAAGAUGCUCAGAAAGCAGUGCAGGAGAUGAACCGUGUUCGUUUGGAUGGUCGAGAAAUCUACGUACAGAUCGAUAACUAAAUUUGCUAUAUUUUCGGUUCGCGCCCCUAAUUCUUGUACAUAUUUCACUCAGCGGGAUAAAGUUUGUUCCUUGCAGUUAUUUUUUGAGAUCUUUGAAAGCAGAUUUUUCCAGGGAUGGAUUGGUUCAGGAAAUGUGUCUUAGUGUGUCAUGUCCCCAAUAUUUUAUCUCCAUGGUUCAGUUACAUUGAUGCACAAGUAUAAUUACCAAUUUGUGAUAAAUUCCUUUUCUUACCCAAGGGUUAUUGUGGCAAGAAAAAGAAGGCAAGGUGAAAUUCUUGUUUUAUUUGGACCAAUGUAUGGGUGAGGCUUUUCCGUCUCUGUUCAACUGCAUUGUGGGGGAUUCCUGUUGUGUCUGAUGAGUGCACUCUAGCUGAAUUCUCAUCACAUUUAUUAAACUCAUCGUACUUAUAUUUUCUCAUGGAUUGUGACUUGUUUACAUGUGCAGUUUUAAAAAUCUAUUUUAUAAUGUGAUUUGUGGAUUUAUAUAGACACUGUUCUCACAAUAGUUUUACAUGGCGGAUUUGCUUAGUUAAUUUUAUUCAUUGUAUGCUAAUUAUGGUUAAAAAAAAUGCUCAAGGUAAUACUGUAAUAACAUACUGAUAAUUCACCCGUUGAGAAGAUUUUUUUGCUGAAGAUUGUGCUUAGUAGAACUCCAUGCAAUUGUAGUAUAGUGCUUUGUUACACAGGUUCCAGUUUUAAUAAUUGGUACAGUAAUUUAUGCAGAUGUAUGCACAUAAAGUCAUGGAUAACUCCAGGAAUCGAUGUUUUGAUCAUCAUAAGUUUGCUACUCAAUUUGAUGAUUUAUUUGUAAAGACUUUUAAUUUGAGAUUUUAUUGAUUGAAAUAAGUUACUUGUUCAUUUUUAUUCCAUGUAUAUCCAGAAAGAAUAUUCCAAAUUUGAUGUAAUUCUAAACAAUUUCUUUUUCUUUUGCAUCUCUUUUGCAAGAAGACUUGUACUGGCUAAGCAAGAUAGGUCUUGUUUCAACUGGAAUCAAUUUGUUUUCUAGUUCUGUGUUGUCAGUUAACAUUGGCUGGUUAUAUUUACACAGAUACCAAUUGAUUUAGUUAUUAUCAAUUUUGAUGUUAUCAACUAAUAACUAGGGAUAGAUUGAUUUAAUAAAUGUUAUUGUAAUUCUGUAUUAUUCCUGAGACUAUUAUGUUACAUUUUUGGAAGAAUAAUCUGUUGUUUACUCAAGUAUAUUUGGUUUACAAUUAGAUAACUGACUAAGCUAGAUUGGACUGGUUUCAACUGGGUGGAUCAAGUUGUACAAAAUACUUGAACAUUAUGCUAAUGGAAUUGAAGGAUUAUGUUGAUUCAUAUGUCAAGAUUGUUGUCAAACAAAUAUUAUUUACUGAAAAAUAUAUUUUUAAAUCCAGAAAUUUUGUUAUUUGAUGUUGUUUGGUUACCGUGCAAGCUUUGUUGUCAUUUGGUAAUAUAUUCAGCAUGAUUAAUAUUUUUAUUGGACAAAUGAGCUUUCCCUAGAUUCACCAGCUUCUGUCGCUUAUGUCAUGUGAUUUUAAAAGUGUUAGAAAUUGGAUAAUUUGUAGUAGUAUUCCAUAGACUCCUAGUACAGUAUAUCCACAUUGUAUUUUCAAUAAAGUGCUUGAUGAAGUUCUUCAACGAUGUGCUUUAAUAUGUCUGCUUUUUGGAUUUUUAUGUAAAUUAAUUUUAGAAAUGUCAAACUGGGUUUAACCAGAUUUGUUAGCUAGAUAUAUUUGUAUCAUAAUGCUUUUUCCUGUGUCAAUUUCACUGAAAUGUAGAUUUUGUAGGUAAGCUAUACAUUUAUGGAUUUUUUUCUUGAUUUACAACAUUCAACAUCAAUACUGGUUUAUCUACUGGUUGGUGUCUCAAGCACACAACAGUCACCAAAUUGUCAUCAAAUAUUCAGCUGCAUUUAUUAAAUAAUAAUAUGAUUUUAAAAAAUGCUGUCCACAGAGAAACCUGAUGUAUCAAUCAUCCUUGUAAUGUUAAAGGUUAUGCCUCUGAGAAUGUACCAUUCAACUAUGGGUUGUGCUGCAAGCUAGUUUUAAUAGUUAUUGUUGAUGGUGUACAAGGAGGAUUUGUUAACUAUAAAUUUGUUUUCUGGGUUGAGGCACUCGUCAACAAUAGUAUUUGCAGUUGGGUGUGUUUAUUGAUGUCAGAUUAUUUUUCUCUGAUGUAAAGUAUAAUAAUAGUGAUUAAAUCAUUUAUCAUCGAACGUUCAAGAGAAUCUAUUAAUUAAUAUAAGUUUUUAAUUUCUCAUCCAAGCUGAUGUUUAUCAAUCUUCAUUCUUGUAAUGUUAUCAAAGGACAUACCAGUCAGCAAUAGUGUGUGUUGCUUUUUGAUGUAAUCGUUAAUUGUUGAUAAUAUCCAGGAAAAAGCCAUCCAGAUUCAACUGCUUUCGAAUGCAAUAUGCUUUGUAAUUUUUUUGUUUGAAAUCUUCAAUAAGGCACUGUACAGUUACUUUCAAAAUCUAACAUAUAUUUUCAGAGUUUGUCCAGAUUUUGUGUAAUUGAUUUCAGUCAAUGGUAAAACAACAAUGAAAGAUGACACCUUUUAGCAGUACCUCACAUUUUGUCUAUAAAAAAAAUUUACGUAGUUGAUGAUGUCCAGGAAAAAGCCAUCUAAAUAUCCAAAUAAUUUUUGAAUGCAAUAUAUUUUUUUAAAAAUCCAGUUUAAAAUCUUCAGUAAGGUGCUAACAGUUACUUAAUCAUCUAACAUAUAUUUUUGGAGUUUGUCCAGAUUUUGUGUAAUUAAUUUCAGUCAAUGGUAAAACAACAAUGCUAGAUGGCGCAUUUUAGCAGUACUUCACAUUUUGUCUAUAAAAAAAUGUGGUUUAGGGGGAAAAUUACUUCAAGUUGGUGUUUUUGGUAGAAUUGCCCAUUUAUUCUAAAUUAUUAGAGACUAAAUUGUUUAUCAUCUUUCAGCCUUAUCUAUUAAAUAAUAUGUAGUUCAAUUUUUUAUCCAUUUAAAAAAAUCCAGUUCACAAAGUAACCGGAUGGUUGUCAAUGAUUAUUCCUGUACUAUUAUAUGUCAGAGAACGUACCAUUCAA